CGCGACGCCAUGCAUGCGACGCUCAGUUGUCUCGCGAAACACAUCACGGGUGCUGCGAAAAAAAAGCGCCUCUCCCACGCUUUUUGUGUAUGUGUGUGCGCGUGUAUAUUUCAAAUAAAAAAAAAAAAAAAUGUGUGUAUAAAAAUGUGCGUAUACCACAUGAAAAGUAAAUUUCAUUUUUUUUAGUGUUUUUUGUAAAAUAAAAAAAAAAUCGUUCCGUGUUUUAUAGAAAAUAAAAUAAUAAUAAAAAAAAAAAAAACUAUGCAAAAAUAAGUGAGAUUUUUUUACAAAUUAAAAUUCAUUUUAUAUGAAAAGUGAAUUUUAUUUAGAAUUUUUAAUCAAAAGGUGCGUUUAUUUACUUGCGAGACAAUUGCUGAUCACGAGUGCCAGGGAAAUUCACUCAAAUUUCGCGCUCAAACGAUUUUUUUAAAUUCAUUUUCAUCGUGGGAUAUACAUAUAAACCUCUAAAAGAAAAAUUCCAGUUUCAACGAAUUUUUGUGUCAUACGAGGGAAGAUAAAUUUUCUUAACCAUUGUUUGUCAAGAGAUAUUGUUGAUACAAAUGGAUACAGUACCAAUUUUAAUUUCAAUGAUUCUAUUCUCACGUGAGACGAAAUAAAAAAAUCAAGAAUUAUAUAUAAACAUAUCCAAGAAACAAUUUAAAAAAGGAAUUAUAACAUCUAUGGUAUCAAAAAAACAUUUAUCAAUUUUCUCAAAAAAAUUUAAAAUAUAAAAUAUUUUGAAUUUUCUCAUCAGUGAUUAAUUGUGAGAUUUUUAUUUACAUUUUUUUUCUAUUUUAUUAUUGAUUUUCGAUAUUUAAAAAAAAAAAGUGAAAGAAAAAGAAAAAUCAGUGUUGAUUUUUUGAGAUUUAUACAUAUAUAGAGAGAGAGAGAAAAAGAGAGAGAAAGAGACAAGUAAAAUUAAAAAUUACGGGGGAAAAAGAUAAUGGCUGAAGAAACACCACGACGAAAAACAAGAUCGGCUUCAAUUUGUGCUCCUGGUUUUUCAAGUAUAGAUAAAAUGGUUGAUUCAAUGCCACCAUCAGGUGCUAAGGAAAAGGACAGAGAAAGGGACAGCGGAAGUGGUACACCGGAAGGAAGUACACCUACGAGAAGACGACGACCUGCCACAAGGUCUCAAAGUGCACGAGUCACGGGUGGCGGUAAAAGCAUUCGUCGAAGAGCUGCCGCACAAGCUGCCGCUCAACAUCAUCAUCAUGAACCAACAAUGAAAUCAGCUCAUUGUAGCAGUGAACCAAGGCUAAAUGAAAAUGACGUUAGUCCAGGUUUUAGAAGAAGGGGCAGUAGACGAGGACAAAGUAUGCAUCAUACUCAUCAUAGAAAGAGUAAUGCAUUUCUUGAUGUACCCGAUGUUUCGGUUCAAUUACCUCCGCGAGAAGAAGGCGAGGAUGAGGACAGUUACAGGCUUCGAAGUUUUAGUCUCACCAGUAAAGGUGUAAUAAACAGAGGUGACUCAUUUAGAAGACGAAGAUCGAGGUCAAAUUCUCUGGCACCUGCCGAUCAAGAAACGGAAGAAAAACCAGUCUCACCUCCCAAGGAGGUCAUUUCCUACACUGUUGCAAUAUUAGGCGCAAGGGGUGUUGGAAAAACAGCCCUUAUUAGUCAAUUUAUGACGAGCGAAUGCAUUAAUGCUUAUGAUCGACAAAGAGAUAUGCCCAGUGAACAAUCUGUUUUUGUGAUGCUGAACGGAGAGGAGAGCGAAUUGAAAUUUUUGAAUAUUACUAACCCAAAGAGUGAAUUGGAAAAAAUUCCAAAACCUGAUGCAUUUAUAAUAAUGUAUUCGGUGAUAGACAAAGCGUCGUUUCAAAGGGCUCAAGAACAUUUGGCUCGUCUACAUGACCAAGAUUUGUUACGAGGUAGACCGGCAAUCUUAGUCGGGAACAAAGUUGAUUUGGUACGGUCUAAAGUUGUUUCCCCCGAAGAUGGAAAAUGUGUGGCGUGUACAUAUCGAACGAAAUUCAUUGAAAUUUCAGUGGGAAUAAAUCAUAAUGUCGAUGAUCUCUUGGUGGGAAUUUUAAAUCAAAUUCGAUUAAAUAUUGUCCAAGGACAUUUGGAUAAUAGAACCGUAAAUGGAGAAAGCAGUGGACGUUGGUACAAAUCUCGUGGAGUUGUUCGUGCCAGCAUGAAAGCGAGACAAAUGCUCACGUGGCUCUUUGGCAAGGAGGACAGUAAAUUUAAAAAUUGCGAAAAUCUCCACGUUCUAUAAAUUCAAAAUUCAUCAUAUAUCAAAAAAAAACCUUCCUCUACGAGAAAGUAAAAAAAAAUAAAUAAUCAAAAACCGAUCAAUCGUAAAUAUAUCAAUUUUAGCCUUUUUCUUGACGAUUUUUCAAGUUCUCUUAACUUUUGUAAAUUUCUAUUAGAAUUAAUAUUAUAUUUAAUAUAAUUAUUAUUAUUAUUGUUAUUAAUUACUGCAAUUAUAACUAAAUUUCUUUUAUUCAAAACCAAUAAACAAAAUUUUGUUUUCAAAAUUCGAAAUUUUUUUUUUAUUGAAAAAAUUUUUUAAAAAUUGAAGUUGAGAAAAAUUGUGAAAUUAUCAAUAAAUAGGUGAACUGACAAUUAUUAUUAUUAUAUCGUAAUUUUAUAUAAUUAUAAGUAAAUAUAUAUAUAUCAAAUCAUUGGCGAUACAUGGAAGGACAAAUCAGUUCGGCUUAAUGAUCGACCGAUAUUAUUUAUAAAAAAUAAAAAUAAAAUGUGCCAACCUCUACUUCAAAGAGAGAUCAACAAUUUAAUGUAAUGAACGUCGAAUCAAUUGCGUUCAGAGUUAUUGGUUCGUAAAAUGUAGACUGACUCAAAGAACACGUGAUUGGCUUUAAUUAUCUAGUUGUUCAAAUUCACGUCAUAUAUUUAAAAUUAUAUAACUUUGAUUAAAAUCGAACAAUGAUUGUUCGAUAUGAAAUAUUUGUUUUAAUUAUUAUUUAUAUUAUUACCGAAUUGAAUAUAUCAAUAAGCAAAUAAUAAAUAUAUCGCAAUAUUGAUAUUCUAGAAAUGAAAUUAAAAAAAAUGAAUUUCAGUUAAAAAAAAAAAAUUUCAAAUAGAUAUGAUUUUAAAACGACGUUCUUAUUGGACCAAAAAAAAAGGAACCAGAACCAAUUAUGUAAAAUACAUAUAUUAUAAAAUUAUACUCUUUAAUCAAUUUUCUCCCAAUUAUUAUAUAUACAUAUAACAUUUGGAAUUUAGAAAAAAAAAUUGUUAUCAUCGUUAAUGCGCAAGGUUCGUCUGUGUUUCUAUAUAUGUACAGAAAAAAAAAAUGAAUCGAUUAUUAUAAACUUUUUUCAUAUAAGAUAUGUAUAUAUUACCUCUGAUGUAGAAAAUAAGUUUAGUAAAUUUAUGCAUAUACGUUUAUGAUAUAUGAUUAAUUGUGUAUAAUUAUAUUCUGGUGAUAAUUUUCAUUUACACGAUAAUAUAUAUAUAUAAAACAAUCGAAAAUUAUCAAAAGAUUUGUCAAUUCCAUAUUCCAUUUUGUUGGAAUUUUCUGGAAUUUCCAAACAAAAUACAUUCAAACUGAUCGAUUAUAAAUUUAUUUUCGAUUUGUCGAGAAAAAAAAACGUAUAUAGGUCUUUUUAAGUAUAAUCGUAUAAUAAAAAUGUCUCUUGACAACCUAAGAUUUUUAUCAAGUGCCUUUCGAAUAUUUUUAUAAAACUAAGCGAGAAUCCGUAUAUAUAUAUAAUCUUAUAGGUACUUUUUGUCCUUUAAUUAAAUAUAUCAAUGAUCUUCAGAUAUAAUGUUAACCGUUUUCACAGUUUUGAAUUUUUUUUUCCAACAAUUCAGAAUUUUUAAUUUAUUAAAUUGAUUGUUUAAAAUUUUUAACUGGAAUUAUUUAAUGUAUAAAAUCAAAAAAAUAAAUAAAUAAAUUUACAAAAUUUAUUUAAAAAUUGUAUUUUCGAAUUCAAAACUGUCAAGUGGUAUAUAUGAAAUGUAGUAUAAAACAAUAAAAAAAAUGGAAAAAAAAAUUUUCCAUACACGAGGGGUUACCCAGCAUCCAAUCUUAUCAAAGCCUAUUUAAGACCCUAUUCGUGUGUUUCAUAUAAUACUGUAAAAAAAAAAAAUAAUAAUAUAUAUUCGUUGUAUUGUAAACAAUGUGGAAAGACAAUACUGCCAAAUCUUUCGAUAAUAAAAAAAAAAUACAGAAACUCAUAACAGCAUUUUU